AUGUCUGGUUGUCUGUCACCACAGCUAAUUGCAGCUCUUCAGUACCCAGCAUACUGGAAUCGAGCGCCGUCCAAAUGGGGAGGCGUCUCAGACUGGGACAUAUUUAUCAUGAAAGAAGUACCAGGAAUAAACAGACAUACCGCUCAUGCUACGCUUGCGGCUGAACUGAAACUUCUUGAGUGCGAACUACCAAAAUCCAGCGUUGCUUAUCGGCAAACGCUUACUAUGAAAAGUUGCCUCAAAGACUGCAAAAAAGACCCGGCAAACACCAAGUUAUGGGAAACGCAAAUGAACGCUUUAACGGAUGCUGCAAACAGAAGCAGAAUAGACUUGAGCAACCUUGAAAGUGCGGCGUUUAACACUGGAUCGGUGCUCGCUAUUGAAAAUUUUCGGGCAAGAGCUGCGUACGUAAUGUGCCUGUAG